CAAAAACGAGGAAGCAUCCACAAGGAAGCAGCAGUGCCUUGUUUAAAGAGGCACGGUGCUAUAGCUUGUAGGGUAGAGCAAAGUUUUAUUUUGCAAGUGACACACUUAACACGCUGAGAAGAUGAAGGCUCUUCUUCUGCUUAUUCUGACAGUCUGGCUGAACAGUCAGUAUGGCGGCUGCUCUCUCUCCUCUUCGUGCUCCUAUCCUCCAUCAAAGUGGUGUUCAUCUCUGGAGUCGGCUAUUGAAUGCGGGGUUUUGAAGCACUGCCUUCAGUCGAACUUCACCAAGUCUCGUCAGACAGGUGAUUCAGUCGAGGUGGCGCUUUACUAUGAGAGUCUGUGUCCCGGCUGCCGACUUUUCCUCACCGAGAUGCUCUUCCCCACUUGGGUCUUGCUCAAGGACAUUAUGACUGUGACGCUGGUGCCCUACGGUAAUGCACAGGAGAAACUUCAUGACCAGAAGUAUAUUUUUGAGUGCCAGCAUGGAGAAGAGGAAUGUUUUGGCAACAUGAUUGAGACUUGUUUGCUGAACAUGACUGAAAUGGCUUUCCCAAUCAUCGCCUGUAUGGAAUCCUCCUCUGAUGUCAUCAAAUCAGCCCAGGGUUGCAUUCAAGUCUUCAGCCCUCAGUUAAGGUGGGACAGCGUCUUGACCUGUGUGAAGGGGGAUGUAGGAAACAAGCUGAUGCAUCAGAAUGCCUUGAAGACUGACGCCUUGAACCCUCCACACGAUUAUGUGCCCUGGGUGACCAUUAAUGGGGAGCACUCAGAAGACCUGCAGCAAAAAGCCAUGACUUCUCUCUUCAGUCUGGUCUGCAGCAUGUACAAGGGCCCCAAGAUUGCGGCCUGUGGAGGGAGCCAGAAGAACUACAAAAACUACUGCCUCAACCAGUGAAGGAGCAACACUGCGCAUGUCUCCGUGCUAGCUCUGUUCCAGGUGUGGCCACUAAACAAGGAACACUGAGGAAUGUCAUUAAACUUUUUUGUAAUGUGUGAUUUUGCAGUCUGUCUCUGAAGAGUUACGAAUUUUAUCACAUCAUUUCAUGAUUCACAAAAUAUCAAUACAAUUUACUUUCCAAAAAAAUUGUGUCAUCAUUGAAAUGUUUUCCACCAAAACCGUGAAACCAGUAAUGUGUGUUCUAAGCGUUUGACUCAAUGAUAGCAUUUUUAACCACGCCCGACGGGUACGUCGGCGGGGUUAUUGCAUUUGGUGCGGUAUCUGGCUGGGUAUGUAUGUAUGUAUGUAUGUAUGUAUGUAUGUAUGUAUGUAUGUAUGUAUGUAUGUAUGUAUGUAUGUAUGUAUGUAUGUAUGUAUGUAUGUAUGUAUGUAUGUAUGUAUGUAUGUAUGUAUGUAUGUAUGUAUGUAUGUAUGUAUGUAUGUAUGUAUGUAUGUGGUCCGAUAUCUCUGCAACCGCUGAAGUCAGGAUAAUCAAACUUGGCACUGAAGAUCAGUCUAAGGUCCCCUGCUCAGUUGUGGAGUUACAGGUCAGCAGAUCAAGUAGGGAGGGAGAUACGUACGAUGAUCAAAAUUGAUACAUAUUGCAUCAGUUGUAUAGGGAGGACAGGGUUUUCGCCAGCAGAGGGCGUGGUUCUGCCCUCUACUGAGGGCUCAUCUACGUAGUUGUAUUUGCACUGCUUGAAGGGCCUUUUGUAGACUGGUCGAAGACAGUAUCCUCUUUGUCCUUUAAAUGGCACCAUAUCAUAAAUCGUAUUCAACUCCCUGCCAUCUCUGGCUUCUGUGGUAAAAGAGAGAAACCUGUGUGAUUUAUGCGUUGAGGUUAGAGAAAACACCUUUAAUCGUGUCAUACUGCUGGUUAUUUUGACUCACUUUACUCAGUUCCUUUACUCUGAAUCCACUCUAGACCAUCCUUAGUGGAUUUAAUGUUCACUCUACUGAACAUAGUAUUCGAAUACUAAAGACGCAAAGUAUGUGAAAUAGAUGUUAUACUUUACAUUUUGUAUUUAGUUUUUAAACCUGAGUGGAUCUGUGUGUGCAUGAUAAAAAGUGUAAAUUCAUUAAAGUUUGCAGUAUCUCCUCAA